AUGUCUUCGGCGAGUCUUUCGGGUGGCGGGCACGGCGGGGCCUCCGCAGCCCAGCACUACUACUGCUACCAAUGCGAGCGCCACGUCACCAUCGCCCCUCCGUCCUCACCCACCGCGGACGUCGUUUGCCCCAUCUGCCAAGGCGGAUUUCUGGAAGAAUCCGACCCGGGAACCACCUCGAUCCAAGAUAAUCCGAUUCCGAACCCCCUUUUCCCUCCCUUCGGCGGUUUCCCGAUCGCCUUCUCCUCCUCCUCCUCCUCGGCACCCGGCGCCUCCGCGUUCUCCUUCUCCUCCGGUGAUGGAGGUGGCGGCGGAAUCGAGGAUCUGUCGGCGCUCUUCGGGAAUCGAUCCUCCGACGAGUUCAAUCCCUUCGCCUUCCUCAACAACUACAUCAAUGGCCUCCAGGCUAGGGGUGCGAAUAUCCAGGUCGUCUUCGAGUCCCCCGGCGGCGGUGGAUUGGGUGGCGGAGGGGUCGAUUUCCGGCUACCCAUGAAUUUUGGGGACUAUUUCAUGGGCCCUGGUUUGGAGCAGUUGAUCCAGCAGCUGGUGGAGAAUGAUCCGAAUCGGUACGGGACGCCGCCUGCUUCAAAGUCUGCGGUCGAGGGGCUGCCGGAUAUAAGCAUCACACAGGAAAUGCUGGCUUCAGAUUCUUCCCAAUGCGCUGUGUGUAAAGAUAGCUUUGAGAUGGAGGAGGUGGCCAAACAGAUGCCCUGCAAGCAUAUCUAUCAUAAAGAUUGCAUCUUGCCCUGGCUUGAGCUGCAUAAUUCGUGCCCGGUUUGUAGGUAUGAGCUUCCUACUGAUGAUUCGGAUUACGAGAAUCGAAGAGUGGGGCAAAAUAGUGGCAACGGUAAUAACAAUAAUAGUCAAGAAAGUAGGGGUAGUAAUAAUGAUAACAGUAAUAGUGGUUCUCAGACACCGAGGACGAUGGAAAGUGGUUUUAGAAUAUCGUUUCCUUGGAUUUUUAGAAGGUUUGGAUCACAAGCCGAGACGAGCAGUAGUGGGGGAGAAGGAAAUGGGAAUAAUAACAAUCGCACGGACAGUGAUAGGGGAGAAUCGAAUGCUGGUGAUGGUAGAGGAGGUCAAGCAAGAGAGGAGGACCUGGACUGA